UUUAAUUAUAACUCGUCUCGAAUCAAAAUUAAAUAUCAAUUUAAAACUCCCGCGCUUGAUUUUGACUACGAUGGUGCAGGUGUAUUGUUAGUUGCAUAACUUGUUUUUGAGGUUAGCCACAAAAAAUUCGGUGUUUUUUAAUUUCUGGCCCAAAUUGGUGGCAAAAUGACCGAAGAAAUGUAUUUUUGGAGUCCACAGGACCAGAACUACGCCCCCAAUUACUACGAGACUGACUAUAACCAAAUUCCGGCACCGGGGCCAGACUUUCAGCCUUUCGACGAUUUUGGCGGUCAAAUCCCUGACGUGUCCAAAUUCUACGAUCCCCGAAACGUGGAUUUUGAGGAGGAACCGCCCCUUUUAGAAGAACUUGAAAUAUAUCCGGACCGUAUUGUGCAGAAAAUGUUGGCGGUUUUGAACCCUUUUCGCAGCCAUGGGUUGACGGACGAUGCCGAUUAUCUGAACAAAGAUCCAGACUUGGCCGGGCCAAUUUUUUUUUACUUGAUUCUAGCGGUUUGUUUGUUCUUGUCAGGAAAUAAGGCCCAUUUUGGGUAUAUUUACGGAAUUUCAGUAUUAUCGUGCUUGAUGAUGUAUAGUUUAUUGAGUUUAAUGACGGCACAGAGUGUCUUUAAUGUAACAACAGUGGCAAGUGUUUUGGGGUACAGUCUGAUCCCUAUCGUUGGUUUAUCAGUUUUUGGGGUGUUUUUUUCCUUGAAGGGGUUACUUGGGGGUGUUUUAGCCACUUUGUCGGUUAUGUGGUCCAGUAUUUCGGCUUCGAGACUCUUCGUUGCCAUUUCUGGCGAUAGGGAGCAGCAGCCCCUUUUUGCGUACCCUUGCGCACUAGUGUCUGCCGUAUACGUCCUUUUGGUGAUUUUUUAAGUCUGUAUUUAUUUAUUUUUUGAAUAAAUUGUGUUUUUUGCAAA